CCCAGGUCCCUGGCAUCCUCAGCACACACCCCCACUCUCCCAGGGAUGCAAAUUUCCGCCAAAUCCCCCCGGCCCCAGGGCCGGCUCUGAGUGGGCUUCUCCCAUGCAAAGCAGAGGCCCACGGGAGGCCGGCAGGUCCCAGCCCACCUGGUUUGGUUACUGUCUGCGACCAAGAGCUGGGAGUGCGCCUCAAGUGGGAGGGUACGAGGGCUAGGGGGUCCCAGGGCCCUCCUGCACUGUGUGCCCAGUGCUGCUCUCUCCCAGGGCAGGGUCCCAUCCCCCUCCAAUCCAGAGCUGGACCCUGGUACGCUGGGGGCAGGCGGCACAGAGCUAAGGGUGGAAAGUUCUGCGGCAGCUAACUAGCCCCACGGGGGAGGGGGCCUGUGGGGCCUCAUUAGCCAGGCCUCUCGGGACUGUGCUCUGGCCCUGGCCCUGGUGACCUGCCCGAGCAGUGGUAGGACUUCCUCCCUCGCUUGGUCCAGGGGACUCAGGUCAGUGGGGAGGGGACAGCGGGGGCAGUGGCUUCAGCCCCUGGUGCUGCUGCUUCCUGCCCUGCCCCCAGCCGCAGGCUGGCCACUUCCGAAGCCCCCGACGCCAUGGAGGAGUGGGACGUGCCCCAGAUGAAGAAAGAGGUGGAGAGCCUCAAGUACCAGCUGGCCUUCAAGAGGGAGAUGUCCUCCAAGACCAUCCCCGAGCUCCUCAAGUGGAUCGAGGAUGGGAUCCCCAAGGACCCUUUCCUGAACCCCGACCUGAUGAAGAACAACCCCUGGGUGGAGAAGGGCAAGUGCGCCAUCCUGUGAGCCCCGCCCGGCCCGACUGAGACUGUUG